GAUUGGCGUAUUUCCGCUGGAGAGUUGAAGUCAGUGCGGCGCGCACGGGAGUUGACGUUUAAAGGUGCAGGAGCUGGGGAAUCCGACGGUGGUGCUGCUUUGGGUUGCUCUGCUCCGCGCCACUGCGCUUGCGCUGAAGCCGACCCUACCCCCGGCAUCCCCCGCGGCCUUCAGAUGCGCCGGCGUCUUGCUGCAGCUGCUGCUCUCGGCGAAGCUCGACGAGAGCGCUGCUUCCGACGGGGCAGCGCUCUUCCCGAGCGAGCUAACGGCGAUGCUCCUCCGAGUUUGUGGUUGGCAGUCACUACCCAGACCUGUGUUUCCCGAGCUUCGGGUCUUCCAGGUGCCAGUGACCUUCAGAGACGUGGCUGUGUACUUCUGCAGGGAAGAAUGGGAGUGUCUCAGUCCUAGCCAGAGGACCCUUUACCGGAAUGUGAUGCUGGAGAACUUCAGGAACUUGAAUGAACUGGGAUGCUGUAGCCGGAGACCGGGCCUUAUUACCCGUCUGGAACAAUGGGAUGAGCCAUGGGUUGAUGACUGGGACAGAUCUGAGUUUCCAGAUGGACAAAAAAGUUUCUGCCCAGGAAGCAGAAAGGUGGCCCAUUCACGGAUAGGAGCCGGGAGAGGGGCUGCCUUGAGGAAGAGUGCCCUGACUUCCGGUAAGGUGCGCCUUCCCAGAGCUACCUCUGGGAGGAGAAUGGACAAAAGGGAAGCUUUCCAGAACCGGAUAUGUGGAAAAUCCCACAGGAAGCAGCCAGACCUCAAGGAGCAGGGCCAGAGCGGCCCGGAGGGACAGCCAUUUAUCUGUGGCAUCUGUGGGAAGGCCCUGAGCUGCCACAGCCGGCUGGCCGCUCACCAGACAGUCCACACGGGAACCAGGUCCUUUGAGUGCCUCGAGUGUGGCCGGACGUUCCGCUGGGCUUCAAACCUUCUGCGCCACCAGAGGAAUCACACAAGCGAAAAGCCCUUCUGCUGUGAGCUCUGCGGGCAGGCCUUCAGCUUGAAGGACCGCCUGGCGCAGCAUCGCAAAAUCCACACUGAACACCGGCCCUACGAGUGCGGCGACUGCGGGAAGGCCUUCAAGCAGAAGUCGAACCUCCUGCGGCACAAGCUCGUGCACACCGGGGAGAAGCCCUUCUACUGCGACACCUGCGGCAAGGCCUUUCGGACUAAGGAGAACCUCAGCCACCACCAGCGGAUUCACAGCGGAGAGAAGCCCUACACCUGCGGGGAGUGCGGCAAGGCCUUCAGGUGGCCCAAGGGCUUCAGCAUCCACCAGAGGCUGCACUUGACCAAGAAGUUCUAUCAGUGUGAGCAGUGCGGAAAGGGCUUCCGCCACCUGGGCUUCUUCACGCGACAUCAGAGAACUCACGGGCGAGGAGAAGUGUAGCAGGUCCUGCGGGCAUCUGGGCCUUCCCUGUUCUCGGCUGCGGGCAAGACUGCAGCAGGUCCCCUCCAGCCGAGGCCACACACACAGCCCGUGAACUGGCAGUUCUGACACUGGGAAGGGAUCAGCCGUUCCUCUGGUGCUCCUUGCCUCUGGCUGUGUCUGCCAAGGAAUUUGCCCCGGCCUGAGUGUCACUUGUACGCACUUUAACUCUUCUCUCUCCUAGCUCUUCCAUCCUGUCCUCCUGUCCUGUCCUGUGGGAGGGAGGUUUGAGGCUCGUGCAGAAGCAAAGCUUUACUGUUGGAGCUGACAGAAUGGCCCAGAGGGCAAAGGUCUGCAAAGCCCGAUAAUUGAGUUGGAUUCCCAGGAAUCCGUAUGGUGGGAAGGGAGAACCAAAUGCUCUAAGCUGUCCUCUGACUUCCCUCGUGUGUGUGUGUGCGUGCACACACAAGACAUAAUAAAUACAUAACUCAAUGGGAGAAGCCUGUUCUUCAGCCUCGGCAGGUGGCUAUAGAAACAGCUUUGGUAGCGGGCUACAGAAAGAGCUGGAUGCAGGCUGGGGCGGCUUGUGAGGAGUAAACUACUACAGCGCCCUC